AUGGAGAGAAUGAACAGUGACGACGGUUCUUCAAUUAGAAGGCGUUCGUUGAGUUUGUCAAGUCAUAGAAGUCAUCACACAGAUAAUGAUGUUGAUUGUGAGACUGUUUCAGAAGCCGGUGACAUAGGCGAUCGAGCUCUUCCCAGCAGAAGAUUCAGCGAGAGAAACAGUUUCCACUCAGAAAAUGGAACCGCUGUUAUUACUAACUCGUCUGUUAGACCUUUGCCGCAACAACUCUUAUCCACCCCGCCUUUUUCUACUGAUGCAACAGUUGCUUCUCAAGACUCAAAACUUGAACCUCCUAAAGGUUUGCCACAGUUACUAGACUAUGUUUCAUUUUGGAAUAAAAACACCGCGAUAGAAGUGAUACCAUUAAGUUAUAUUGAAGACUCUGAAAUCCAAAUUAUUGUUGAGCCAGAUCAGUUUAUUGUAUUGAAGAAGGAGAAUCAUUCAUUUCUCGCUAGAAUGAUAGAAGUUUUACGCAAUCUUAUAGUAGAGCUAAUGUCACCACCAGCAAUCGCGACAUUUUUCGGUUUUCUCUUUGGUGCGGUUGCAUGGUUAAGAAACCUAAUAAUUGGAGACAAUGCUCCGUUGAGUGUAAUCCAAAACACACUUGUGUUACUCGGGAAUGGAACAAUUACUUGCAUCACUCUUUUACUUGGUGGUAACCUCACUCAAGGCUUGAAAUCGUCAAGUGUAAAACCAUCUAUGCUCAUCAGCAUCAUCAUAACUCGGCUUUUCGUGCUACCUGUUAUUGGAUUGUUUAUUGUUAAAGCCGCAGCGAAUUUGGGGGUUCUCCCAGUGGAUCCUUUGUUUCAGUACACUCUAGUGAUGCAAUAUGCAAUGCCACCAGCAAUGAAUAUUAGUACUAUGGCGCAGCUGUUUGAUGUAGAAAAUGAAGAGUGUUCGGUUAUUCUAUUAUGGACAUAUAGUGCUGCAGCCAUAGCACUUACUACUUGGUCAACAUUCCUCUUGUGGCUAUUAUCUUAUUAA